CACAAAUGGAUAAAUAAUGAAAUUUCCAAAGCUGUCGAAGUGUGGCUCAUAGAAAUUGUCAAAUGUGAUCACGAUCACGAUCAUGUGUAACAAUACCGAUCUCCAAGAUGAAGAUUUCAUCUUCUGUGUAACAAUAUUGUAAAUUAUCGCUCCCUCGUCGGGCUACGUGUUUCACGUGCAGUGCGGAAAGUCCGUUUUACCGUCUUCGGGAGCGCAGUGGAGGCCUACGACUACGCAGCACGACCAUGUCAGUCAAGGGUGACAACAGACCUCAGGGCGUGAGGACCACUGCCGUCGACGAGAACAAUGUAACUGGAUCUAGAUCGGCGGUCUCUAGAAAGACCGAGUUUGCCAGCACGGCUAGCGCUGCGACAACCGCUACCGGUGGCGAACAAGAUUGCUCUUCAUCGGUAAACCGAUUCAGCAGCGAUGCGGGUACUACAGCGGGAAGAGAUUAUUCCAGGCACAGCACGACCACCUCGCGUGAAGAAGAUUCUAAUGAGGAUGCCUUUUCCUCUGCAAGUUCAUCUGCGAAGACGACAACCGCGGAGGAACAGGCGCAGGUGUGGCGCAUCUUUUGCGUGUUCUCUUUCUACUACGGGGUGGCGGGCAGUUACGACCUGGGUGCGGUGACUGCUACCUUGUCCGACAUUUUGCAAGACCUGCACGUGGACAAUCUCACGCUGGCAGGCGUUCUGGGCAGCGUCGGCUACUACGGCAUGUUCAUGACCAUGCCGUUCUUCGGCGUGAUCUUCUCGAAAAUGCAGGCGAGGCAGGGGAAACUCCGGCUCUCGCUGCAUGCCGCCUACAGGAGGGCGACGACGACGACGUCUUCAUCAGCCGUCUCUCCGCACGGCGGCGCGACGGCGACGACGCUCACAGCACCGCUCUUGGAGAUCUCUCAACAAGCGAACAAGAACAACCCGAAAAAUAAUGCCAGUGCGAGCAAAAGCAGCAGGAGCGAACCAGAGCUUGAUAUUAUUGCCUGGUCCUUCCUCGAUUCGGUGGUUGCGCGGGGCCAGUGGCUCUUUUUCAUCCUGGACUGGACGCUGUUGGGCCUAGCCGUUUUGCUGCCCAUGUGUCUAGCGACAGACAUCCGGAUGAUGCUGGUAGGACGAUUUCUGCUUGGGACCUUUCAGGGCGCCGUCGACGUCUACUACCCAGUUUGGAUUGAAGAACGCGCCCCGCCGUGCUCCCGUACCGUCUGGCAGGCGUCUCGCUUCGUCUGCAUUCUGUGCGGCGUGAUUUUGGGUUACAUCGUCGGGGGCGCUCUCGUGUCCUCGUCGUCCAAGCAGGUGGAGAGUGGUGGUAGUACAACCGCGACGAUGACGCACGACGAGAAAUUUCACUACACCUGGCGGUUAGCGUUGGCCGUCGAGGGCAUCGCUUCGUUCGUCGCUGCGGCGCUGCUUUUCAUCCUGGUAGACCCGGCGGUCAUGCGACUACGAGGAGAGGAGAACAAUCCCGCGACCGGCGCACAACCGUUAGAAGCGGAGGUCGUGGCGUCCUCUCCCAAUCCAGCAGGUCCCGCCGGCAUUUCGGGGAACGCAAGAAUCCGUAUUGAUAGUACGACUACAAAAAGAGGAGGCAAUGGGCAGGCGUACGAAAGCCUCGGCAUCGGCGUGCAAAGCACGGCAACCGAAGUAGGUGGUGCAGGACCCCCAGUAGGUGUUGUUGCUUCUGCCUCGCGACCAUUCGCAACUGCAAGCGAAGAUAAGACACGAGUAGAUCACGAGCGCACCACCGUAAUAACUGCUGCUACAAUCGCUGAAGCAAAAGAUCAAGAUCAGCAGGAUAAGGACUCCGGAACAGCAAGCGAUGUGGACUACACCGUCCGAGACUUUACGGUAAUGGAAAGUCUCCGUGUGCUCGCGACGAACUUGAACUACGCGAUUCCGGUUUUGAACCUCUCCUGCGUCUUCCUGGUCGCCCAAGGCGUGCAAUUUUGGAGUCCACAAUAUCUGCGGUUGGUUUUCCACCCCAUUUCCGAGGGCGUCAUCGUCGGCUCCACCAUCGUGCUACUCCUCACCGGACCAGCCGCGGGAAUCUUUCUGGGUGGGAAAUUUAUCGACAUGUGCGGUAAGAGUAUAGUUUCGUGGCACGGAAUCGGAAUUGUUUUUACAACGUGGACCACGAACGAAAAACUCAAAAAUAUUGGCUCGCUACUCUGUUACAGGGUUCCACUUAGCAGGGCGUCAUGCAACCACCCACUAGCUACGGCUAUUCAAUGCAUGACCUCUAAAAACCGCGAGAGAAUGAGAAACAAGUAUGGGGUCGUCCUCUACUAAGAUCUUUUGAACCUCCUUCUAUACGCAUACGCUUUAGUACAUAGAACGCACGUAGUUGAAGAAAUUCGAACUCAACAUUGCAGGUGGCUACCACGGUCGAGCCGGAAGAAUCCGCACCUACAAGAUUCUCCUCGGCUUUUCCUUCUUGAGCACGAUCGCGGGGACGGUCGGUAACUGGAUGCACGGGGAAGCGGAGUACGCACCCGCCGCGUGUUUUUUGUGGAUCGUGUUUGCCGUCGGCGCCGCGAGCGUGGGUCCCCUGCAGGGCAUCGCCAUCAGUGCCAUUCCCUACCCCGAACUCCGCACGUUUGGUAACUCGUUGGCGACCGUGAGCUUCAUGGUUGGCGCCUCCAUCGGGCCGCUGAUUCCAGGCUUCCUGCUUCAGUCGCUCUGCCCGCCAGAAGGAGCGGUCAAGAACAUCAACAUGGGACAAAGUACAGCUCCAGGUAGAAGGGCUGGAGUAGAGGACCUUGUGGCGGUGCAAACUGCAGCUGGUGUAGAAACGAUACAACCAAGAGUCUUUACAUCGUCAUUCGGAGAAGACGGCACAACAUCUGUCAACCAAAGCCAGAUCGCGCACCUGUCAGAGCUGCAGCCUACUUCCGGUGGCACGACAAGCCUCCACCCACUGAUAACAACGCUCUGUGCGCAGGAAUCCGUCGCGCCGUUGCUCUGCAGCGGAUACUUUUUCCUGUUCACUACGGGAUUGUGUCUGUGGCAUGAGGUCAGCCGCCCAAAACACGCCAAGGUGAAAACCUCCAAGGAGGUUGACCUGUAGGCACUAGUUUUAGUUUAUUUGAAGGACCUAAUAUUAAUAUCCUUGUAAAAAAUUCUAUUGGAGUGUCAGGAUCGAAAUUUUCAAAAUCGAAAAAAAAAAUUGAGGUGCCUUAAUUACAUACCACAAAUAGCUUGCAUGCAAAUAGUGUAUCUUGGGUGUUUAACUAGCUAGCUCAAAACUGCGCCCGCGGAUGCGUCCGCAUCCGCGCUAAAUAGAUAUGUCAAUUGUGAGAUGCAUCUUCUAUAUAAAACACCCUACCUAGUUUUUUUUUUCGAUUUUGAAAAUUUCGAUCCUGACGCUUCCAUAAAUUCUAUCAUUUCGGCAACAGCAUCAGAGGCACGUGGAGGGGGCCGUCGUGGUCAUUUAUCUCCAACUGUUUCUGUGACUAAAACAAUAUUUUUCACACUGACAAUGGUAUGCGUGGUCAAGUUUUAGCUCAUGAAUAGCUCCAGCUCCACUCCUAAAGUUCUGGAACGCCACCCCGCAGCCAAGCCAGGCCACGACACUCUGACUCUGAUUCUGGAAGACAACAGUGCCACUAAGGUUUUAGAUGCUGUUGCGUCUUGAGGUUCAGGAAGUUUAAAUUUGCGAGGAUUCGCCUUUUAACUUUAUCUUUAUAACGGUUGAUUUUUUACAGCUUGGACGGACGUUAGGAAUUCAGUCGGUGACUUUCAGGUGACUGCCGAGCAAUAUGAAUUUCUGGCACCCCCCCCAGCGCCGACCUUUGUGCUAGGUCUCAGCGCCUGCGUCGAUGCUUCUUUCGCCCGUCCUUUCUCAGCCAGUGAAGGUCGCUGCUCUGACUGUAAGUAGUCAGAGUCGCGAGGAGGAUGGGCCGGCUAGCCCUGACCUUUUGAUGUAGAGGCAAAGCCUCUGCCACAGCCUCAAUGGAUGCAGUUAUGAAGCCUGGAGUCGUCACAAAGAUGCUGGCUCCAGGCUGUUGCGCGUGCAAUCAGGGGUCCACUGUGGCAGCUACCAAGCCUAUUUCCGGGCCAUUUGGACAGAUAUCAAGCGGGGGUGGGGGGGAAUCGAGGCAACUUUUUGGGUUGGUGACACGAGUGGUGACGCGGGCCGGUGACACGGAGCCAAAAAAAUCGCCAAUUUGGUGUCACCACGACCUGUGACAGCCGAUGGCGACUCCAGAAAUCGUCUCGGUGACAGCCGACUUGUGCUCCGUGUCACCGGGCUCGAUUUUGAGCCCGGUGACACCAAGAGUGCCGCCGUGUUUAGCUCUCAAACUUGGCCGAAAUUAUUGGAAUCUCGGAAAUUCUGACACUUUGGCGAAUUUUUUGCCAAAAAGUCAGCUUUUUCCCGGAUUCCAAAAAAGCAGGAAAUUGUCAAGGUGGUGGACUUGAUAGGGUGGUGGCUGUGGGCGUGCCUAGGGCACAAACACACUGUAGACUGUUUAAAUCUGCCCAAAUGUGUGAGCUGUCUGGCGCCGCGUUUGGCCCCCCUGCGCCGGGCAACCGGCCGAAAAGAAAACGACGCCAAUCCCUCCACCCGAAGCCUCUCUAUUGGCGAUCCUUUCUGCGGCAAACUGCUCGCGUGUCACCAGAAAGUCUCUACCCAUGUUUCUGACGGGUGUCCAAGUCCAUAUUGGUUUUGUGGCUUCCAACUUCUACGAGCAUAGGCAUACUGAUCAUCGACAUUCAUCUUCUUCUAUUCGUGUGCCGGCAAAAAUUAAUGGAAAUUUAAUAUAGAGUUUAAAGGCGAUGGCGAAAAUGAGAGAAUCGCCCAUGAAGAUUACCAAUAAGGCAUGUUCAUGAUCUUAUUUGUUAUAGCUAACUGCCAUUUACACUUGAAUGUGAUGGCGCAUAGGUAUAACUGAGUUCUUACUUUGUGAUGGGGUCCUAGCUAAAAUAUAGUGGUGGAUAUAGUUGCAUGGGCAUGGCAUAAGACUCUGUGCGACAACGCGCGAUGCUGGUGGUGCGCCACAAGAAAUUGGAACUUGAGACUGAUCCGAUUCCAAUCUUCCACUAGCUCAAAAUCGCUAGGAGUAGAAGGCGCGCAACUCAUAGCAUUAGCAAUCAGGCACGUGGCAACAUGUGCUACAUCUAGAAGAUAUGUUAUGAAUUGUAUUUCCUGUCGUUGUCGCAGGCACGACAGCGUCAGUGGCAGCAGAAGUUUUGCG